AUGCCACCAAUGAGUCGGUCCAGCUCUAUCACUUGGCCAAGUUUCUCGCUGGUUCCAAUGUUCAAUUUCAUUUUGGAGAGAUCUAAAGGCUCUGGCUCAUGGAAGACGCUGUCCUUCUUUUCUGAUGCGGCAAGACAGCUAGCUAAAGGUAGCAUUUUUUCUCUCUCCAGCGGCCAUGGUGGACGCACAAUCUUCCAGACGGUUCCAAUCUCACUGGCCCUCGCAGAGCUGGAGAUGAUGGGAGUGGCCAUCGUUGGCGCCACCUUCUUGGCUCUGUCUCGUGGAGGCCGCCAGCAUCUAUUGGCGGCACCGGGUUUUAUACGACAUAACUCUUACAUUGAAGCUGCAUUUCCCAGGAAGCUUCAUGGUGUAGUUUCUCUGAUUGAUUCUGGCUGUCACCACACUGUCGGUGACAUGCAAUGGGGAGACGUUGCUUGGGUUCCAUACUUAUACCCCACAGCUCCGCUCGAAAGGCCAGAGCCAGCCUCUCGAAUUCUAGAGCUCCCUCCCGCGCAAAUGGGGGUUUACGUCUUGAGUACCAUCGCCAUUGCCAUCGCGAUCUUUCUCUGGAAGUUGAGCGUUCGCCCAAAGCUUCGGCUGCCCCCGUCUCCAUUGGGGAUUCCGCUCAUCGGACACUUGGCUCAUCUCGCUGGGAAGGACGCCCACAUCACUCUCCAGAGGCUCUCCAACAAGCUGGGACCGAUCCUCUUCUUGAGGCUGGGAUGGACCCGUGCGAUCGUCGUGUCGAGCGCGGAGAUGGCGAGGGAGGUUCUCCACACGCAAGACGUGGCGUUUGCUUCCAGGCCCUACAUGGUUGCUGGAGAGCAUCUGGGCUACAACUUCCGGAUCAUGGGGAUCGCCCCAUACGGCGAGCACUGGAAGAACAUGAGGAAGCUGUGCACGCUCCAGCUCUUCACAAGCAAGCGCAUGGAUUCGUUUGCGAGCGUGAGGGCCGCUGAGGUCUCGCUUUUGCUGUCCGCAGUGGCUCGCGAGAGCUCGGAGAACGGCGUCGUGGACGUGAGGAAGCUCGUCUCCAUCUUCAUCUUCAACAUCAUCACACAGAUAGUGAUGAGCAAGAGGUUUCUCGGGACCGGCGAUUGCGAAGAGUCGAGAGAGUUCAAAGAGAUCGUUGCCGGCAUCGUUGACGUUGCUCUACAGUUCCACGUCGCGGACUUUGUGCCGGAGAGACUGCGAUGGAUCGACUGGACAGUCCCACAGCUCAAGAGGCUGGCCGCGAAGAAGGACAAGUUCUUCCAGAGAAUAGUUGACGAACACAAAGCCGCGCGUUUGCAGGCCAACGCGGUGGAAGACUUCACACACGUCAUGCUCACGAACUACGCAGACGACGAAGAGCUUAUCAAAGCAAUGGUGCAAGAGAUGCUCAAUGGUGGCACCCACACCACCUCCGCGACGAUCGAGUGGGCUGUCACGGAGACGAUCCGCCACCCAAGAAUAUUGGAGAAGGCCCAGCAAGAACUCGAGGCAGUCGUGGGUUUGCACCGGCGAGUGGAGGAAUCCGAUCUAGAGAAGCUCCCAUACCUCCAGUGCAUCGUCAAGGAGACGCUCCGGCGACACCCUCCAGUCCCGCUGCUCGUCCCUCACAUGUCGACACAGGCAUGCAAAGUCGGUGGCUAUGACGUACCCAAAGGCACCACCCUCUUUGUCAAUGCUCACGCAAUCGGGAUGGACCCAAGCUACUGGGAGAAUCCACUCGAGUUUCUCCCGGAGAGAUUCGCCGGGACGGCCGUGGACGUCCGGGGCCAGGAUUUCGAGCUUCUUCCAUUUGGAUCUGGGCGGAGGUCGUGCCCGGCCAUGACGAUGGGUCUCAAGACGGCUCAGCUCGCGGUCUCGAGCUUGAUCCAUGCGUUCGACUGGAGCGCAGAAAUCCCGAGAGCUGUCAAGGAUCUCACGAUCGAUGAAGGCUUUUGCUCUCCUCUCUGGCCAGAGACCCCACUGCUCAAGGCUGUUGCUACUCCAAAACUCUCCAAAGAUGCAUACUAG